AUGGCUUUGCCGCUUAACUUACCUCUAGAAAAUACCGAAAUUACUUUCUCUGAACGGAAGUUCAUGCCUUUCGUGGAAUCUAACCAAAUUUUCAUCAUUCGUGGGUACCCUAACAAUAUCACAGACCAGUCUCCUGAUGCCGCCACUUCUACUCUUACCUGUUUGAUUAAUGCUUAUGGACGAUUGCUUUUUGUUGAAGAGAAAAAAACUGUUUGCCUAUCGAGAUUAUUAAAUGAAUCAUGCUUGAAAAAUGGACAUUCAAUAGAAUUAACAUGUGGCGACGCUUCAGCAUUAGAUGGCGGCGAACGUGGAUGUGUUGCUAUUUUAGCAACCUUGUGCGUCGAGCUGAACGAGCACUUCGUUCCUUGUCGCCAUUUCGGAGCUGUGUUCAGGAUAUCACCUACACUGCACGUUGAGUUAAUUAAUAAAGUUGAUGCUGUAGCUGGUGUUGCCCAUUGUUCUAUAAUCAACAGAUUGGAGGAUUCAGUGCUUCAACUGUACUGGGUGUUCUAUGAAUCCUGCGAAUUAUUGCAAGUCUAUCGACUAAAGGAAGACUCUGGUCUUGAUGAAAGAGUUGAUAGCGUCUCAUCAGUGUUUCCCGAGUUGACUCUGGAUUCUUUCCCGGGAGCUGUAACACGAUCUUCUCUAACAUGUUCAGACAACUUGCGAUGGAGCGCCUUAGGUUUUGAUACUGGUCAUGUGUUUCUUUCAGUGUUUGCAAUGGAUAUAAAUAAGACCUAUAGGAAGCUGAUAAAGUUCUCUGGACCUAUUUCUGUGGUGGAUUUUAUUCCAUGUUGUUCUUCGAGGUUAAUAUCAUGUAACAAAGAAGAAGAUGGUUCACAUGGUUAUCGCGAAGAGCACUAUCUGGUCGUAUCUUCAACUCUCGGCCCAGCGGCUGUGUGGAAAUGCAAUUUCGAUGGUGACUCUUUGAGCUGGAAUCAGGACUUUCUUCUAAAGCAAUCGGAGCAAUUCGACACAAUCACUUGUUGUUGCGUUCUUAGAGAUCUUAUAGCUGUCGGAACGUACUCAGGAAAGAUUCUUUUUUACUCAUCCAAGUGCGACCUUCUAAUUCACGAAAUUGUAUCGAUUACCCAAAUUCAUGCUCCCGUUGUGGUAAUGAAGGUUUUGGACGAAACAACUCUAUGUGCGUUGUCAACAGCAGGACUUCAUACAGUAACACGCAGUGAUCUUUAG